AUGAAUAAACGUGUUAGAAAUAUAUUAAAAAAAUGUGACACGUGUCAAAGAGUAAAGUAUCUUAAUAAAAAUAUCGAGGGUGAUUAUGGUCAUGUAUCAAGUGAGAGUCGAGGUGAUUUAGUAACAGUGGAUUAUUAUGGAUCAUUACCCAAAUCACGAGUAAAAAAUAAUUUAACACGAGGGUAUAAAGUCAGGGGAUUGAAACAAAAAAAUAAUAAACUUGAAGAUAUAGAAAUUGAAGAUUUAGUACCUAUACGUGUGCCACAUAUAUCAAACCUCAGUGAUGGAUUGGAUGAAACUUGGCAAGCAAAUCUUGUUGAUAUGCAAGCUUAUACGUCUGUUAACCGAAACUAUAAAUAUUUUCUUACAAUUAUUGAUAUAUUUUCGAAAUUUGCAUGGGCUAUACCAAGAAAAUCAAAAACUGGGAAAGAUGUUACAGCAGCGAUGAAAUCUGUGCUUGAUGGACGUAUACCACAAAAAUUACAUAUUGGUGAUAAAGUUCGAAUUAGUAAAUAUAAAACUGUUUUUGAAAAAGGUUAUACACCAAACUUCACAACAGAAAUAUUUACAAUCAAGGAAGUGAAAUAUACAGAUCCAGUGACAUAUAAACUCAUAGAUUAUAAAAAUAAUCCGAUUGAAGGAGGAUUCUACGAAGAAGAGUUAACUGAAGUUAAAUAUCCUGAUAUUUAUUUAGUUGAAAAAAUUGUGAAAAAACGUGGCGAUAAGUUAUAUGUAAAAUGGUUAAGUUUUGACGAUACACAUAAUAGUUGGAUAAAUAAAUCAGAUCUGUAA